AAGAUCACACCAAUCACAUCAUCACUACUAACACUUUUUUUUAAUAUGAAGAGACCGAGAGAGGAGAUGAAGGAAGAGGAGAAUGACUCAUCAUUGGCUACCGCAGCCAUGGCGGUAGCGGUUGCAGCCGCGGUGGCUGAGGAUGAGAAAUUGUGGUGCAGUGGAAUGGUGGAGGAGAUGACGUGGAGCAACGUAUGGUUGCCUUUUUGGGACGUUGAGUUUGUUGGAAGAAACUACAGUUUAUUGUUCAGCGACGUUGCUUGGGACGAUGAUAUUUGGGACCUCAAGAAUCUGACUCAUUCCUCAUAGUCCUUUUCCUUAAGAAAAGAAGUAUUAUAAUUAAUUCCUUCUAAAUAAGUUUUCCUUAUAUGGGGUUAAUCUGAAAGUAAUUGUCUAGAUUGAAGAAUUAGUCUGUUUUAAAAACUUUGUCCAUACCUUAAUAAUAAUGUAUUGUUAAAUUGUUUAUUGCGUAUAUAUACGCCCUACGCUUGUUUCAAGAGAGUCUAGCCAAAUUCCGAAACAUUAUGCCUCCGAUAAUGGUUAGCUGCCCUCAACUUUGCAUCUAAUUGCUUACAUCUAAUCUAAAUCUCAUGAUGUC